AAAAUUAAUAUUUUAAGAUGCCUUCUUUAAAAACAGGCAAAAAACUUAAGCCAUUACAGAGGAAGCUAGUAGAUUCAUUUCCAUCUUUAAAGGUUUCAAAAGUUAGUUCAAAACAAUUAAAAAAAACUGAUGAUAAUAUCGUUCAAAAAAAAAAUAUACUAAAAAGUGAAAUACAAACUAAUGAAAAAGUUAUUAACCUUUAUCGAUCUGAAGAGGAUUUUUUUCCUUCAGUAGUAGAGAAAUCAAAUUAUGUAAAUAUAGACGAACAAACACAUAUUGAUGAGGCGUUGAACAUGUUUGAUUUAACAUAUAAAUAUGGACCUUUUGUAGGAUUAUCUCGUUUAGAUCGCUGGAAUAGAGCUGAAAAAUUAGGUCUUUGCCCUCCUAUUGAAAUAAAGAAGUUACUAUUAACUCUUUGA